AUGGCUUUCCAUGUGGAGGGACUGGUGGCCAUAGUUGUCUUCUACCUGGCAAUCCUGGCAGUAGGGAUAUGGGCUGCUUGGAAAACCAAGAACACCGGCAGUGAAGGAGAUCGCAGCGAAGCUAUUAUAGUCGGUGGAAGAGACAUUGGUUUACUGGUUGGUGGAUUUACAAUGACAGCCACGUGGGUUGGAGGAGGUUACAUCAAUGGGACAGCAGAAGCUGUGUAUGUCCCUGACUAUGGUCUAGCUUGGGCUCAGGCCCCUAUUGGAUAUUCCCUUAGCCUGAUUUUAGGUGGCCUUUUUUUUGCAAAACCCAUGCGAUCCAAAGGCUAUGUGACAAUGCUGGACCCUUUUCAGCAACUUUAUGGAAAAAGGAUGGGAGGACUACUGUUUAUUCCAGCUUUAAUGGGAGAAAUGUUUUGGGCUGCUGCCAUCUUCUCUGCCUUAGGUGCGACUAUAAGUGUGAUCAUUGACAUUAAUGUCAAUAUUUCAGUCAUUAUUUCUGCCCUGAUUGCCACUAUGUACACACUUGUGGGCGGGCUUUAUUCUGUGGCCUACACCGACGUAGUUCAGCUCUUCUGUAUCUUCCUGGGACUGUGGAUCAGUGUCCCCUUUGCCAUGUCCCAUCCUGCAGUAACAGACAUUGGGCUCACGGCUGUGCACCAGGUGUACCAAGCACCUUGGCUUGGAUCUAUCAACUCACUUGACAUUUACACAUGGUUGGAUAAUUUCUUUUUACUGACAUUAGGAGGAAUUCCAUGGCAAGCGUAUUUCCAGAGAGUUCUUUCCUCAUCUUCUGCCACAUAUGCUCAAGUUCUGUCAUUCCUGGCUGCUUUUGGCUGUCUUGUGAUGGCUAUUCCUGCAGUACUGAUUGGUGCAAUUGGAGCAUCUACAGCUUGGAACCAGACUGAAUACGGUGUGCCGGACCCCAAGAGCAAAAAAGAAGCAGAUAUGAUUUUACCCAUCGUGCUGCAGUACCUUUGCCCAGUCUAUAUCUCGUUCUUUGGCCUCGGUGCCGUAUCUGCUGCUGUGAUGUCCUCAGCUGACUCCUCAAUUUUAUCAGCAAGUUCUAUGUUUGCUCGGAACAUUUACCAGCUUUCUUUUCGGCAAAAUGCUUCAGACAGGGAAAUUGUGUGGGUCAUGAGAAUCACUGUUCUUCUGUUUGGAGCGUCAGCAACAGCAAUGGCACUGCUGGCUUCAUCAGUGUACGGCCUCUGGUACCUCAGCUCUGACCUGGUUUAUAUCAUCAUAUUCCCCCAGCUCCUGUGUGUGUUAUUUAUUAAAGGAACCAACACCUACGGUGCCAUUGCAGGAUACCUGUUUGGCCUCGUCCUCAGAAUAACUGGAGGAGAACCGUACCUCUACCUUCAGCCCUUGAUCUUCUACCCUGGCUGGUAUCAAGAUGAUAACAAUCUCUAUAUCCAGCGAUUCCCAUUUAAAACACUGGCAAUGCUCUCCUCCUUCUUUACUAAUGUCACAGUCUCCUACUUAGCUAAAUACUUAUUUGAGAGUGGGACUUUGCCACCAAAGCUGGACUUUCUUGAUGCUGUUGUUGCUAGAUACAGUAGAGAACACAUGGACAAAGCAACUCUUGUAAAAAGCGACAAUAUUGUAUUAAAUGAACUUGCACCUGUGAAUCCACGACACAGUCUAACUUUGAGCUCAACUUUCACAAACAAGGAAGCCUUCAACUACGUUGAUUCAAGUCCAGAACUGUCCAACACUGAAGAUAAUUAA